CAAAGUUAGCAAUACCUACAAUGGAGAACAGCAGUUUAAAUGAACAGUUAAUUUGCAGGCGCAAUAAACAGUUUAAUUUGCACGAGCAAUAAAAUUCUAUUCAAAUUAAAACUUAAAAUUUAAGAAACUUUUAAGAAACUCAAGUUCUGAACGACAAAGAGUGCCAUCGCUAUGGAGACAUUUUCUUGGGAUCAGUUGCAGAACAGGAUAACGUAUCAUUGCUGUUUGGGCAUAUGCUAGUCAUCAACAAGGCGAAAUCGGCCAAAGUGUGUUUUGUUGAUGGAACAUUUAGCAUGACACCACGCAUGGAGGAAAGUAAGUGGUAUCAGCUCUUGAUAUUUUCUGUUGAGUAUUCAGCAGUACUUGAAGAUCCAAUUCCAGAUGAGGAUCAGAUGAAUUUUGAUCCUGAUAACCCUCACCUUUGGGGAAUAUCUGUUCCAGCUGUAUGCGCUUUAAUGACAUCAAAAUCCGAGGCUCUAUACAAGCUUGUUUUUUCCAAAAUAAAAGAAGUUUUAGAUUUCUCUCCAGUCACCAUUAUGUCAGAUUUUGAACGAGGACUACAGAAUGCUUUAAAAACAACUUGGAGUGAAAGCUUGGUGAAUGGUUGCAGGUUUCAUUUCGAAAAUGCAAUCACCAAGCAAUUAGCGAUUCUUGGUCUUCAGAGGGAAUACCGCCACCAAAUUCAAGUAAAGAAGUGGGCAAGAAAAGUUUCAGCACUUUGUCUCCUUCCUGCAAACAAGUUCUUGGUUGCUUGGGGAUCUCGAGUUAUUGAGAUUGCACAAUUUAGUCGCGAAAUCAAAAUCAAACUAUUUGCUUUUAAAAGUAUUUUGAGAGUUAUUGGCUCAAUAUAGUGACCCCAGAAGGAUUUAGUGUUUAUGGGUUGAACCACAAAACCAAUAACAAUGCAGAGAGUCUCAAUAGACGUUUGAAAUCAAACAUGGGUGAUCGACAUAGAGGAUUUUGGCAGUUUAUGAAAUUGCUUAACCAGCAUGUAAUAGUCCAUACAAUUCAAGAGCUUCAACAGCUUGCCUGCAAUCAGCCAGUCCGCCGUGACCAACGCGACUAUGGUGUAAUUGAAAAAAUGCGUUGUUUUGAGAAAAAACUUCGAGACGGAGUUUGGACAACUGAGAGAUUCCUAUCAACAGUAUCAUAUCUCUUUCAAAACUUCAAAGUAGUUGCUUUGGAUGAAAACUCAAUGAACGAGGUUGGUGAGAGUCUUCCUUUGCCAACUUCUACUUCAACAGAGUCACCGAAGUGCGUUGUUUGUACCGUCAAUAAACAAAAUGCAUUAGUAAUGCCUUGCAGACAUUUUUUGUUUUGUCAGCCCUGCAUUCAACAAGUCCAAAAAAGCAACACAGCUCAUUGUCCCACUUGCCGAGGACCAAUAUCACCUAUAAUUGAAUCUUUUCAACGAUUCAGUAAAACUUUCCCUUUUACCUAUAUUU